UUUCAUUACUCCUUUCGAAGCUAUUUUAGUUAAAAUGCACCACUAAUUAAGCAUUUUAGAUCAUGAAACCCAGCUUAUUAGAAAUGAGAACUGACAAAAGGCAAGAAAUCAAUUCUUCCUUGAGACUUUUCCCCUCUGUCUUCAGGACACCUCCUGCUGUAAAGUUAUCUUUUGCUAAUGAGAAACUUUACAGUGGUUCCACAGCUGGAUUACACGGGACUAAUGUCUACCUCCACUCAACUAAGAUGUCCAGUCUUACUUCAUGGCUAGGCUUCGCGAACGAAGAUUUGGGGCAGUCUUACCUAACACUCAGUAAAAGAAGUUUAUUCCACUUUUGCCUGGAGAAAUCCUUUAUAGCCACAACACCGAAACCUGAGGGGUUUCUGACAAGCAGGUGGCUGGGCUGGGUUUUGGUUGUUCUGAAGGCACAGGGAGUAUGUUCAUCAAUGAUGGAAACGAGUUUGCUACCCAGUCCCUUUUCCUGUCUCCCAGAUAUCAACGAGUGCGAGACAACCAACGAAUGCCGGGAGGACGAGAUCUGCUGGAACUACCACGGAGGGUUCCGCUGCUACCCCAGAAAUCCCUGCCAGGAGCCCUACGUGCUCACAUCCGAGAACCGCUGCGUGUGCCCCGUGUCCAACGCCAUUUGCCGGGAGCUGCCCUACUCGGUGGUGUACAAGUACAUGAGCAUCCGCUCCGACAGGACGGUGCCCUCCGACAUCUUCCAGAUCCAGGCCACCACCAUCUACCCCAAUACCAUCAACACCUUCCGGAUCAAGUCCGGCAACGAGAACGGGGAGUUCUACCUGAGGGUGAGUAUGGCUGCAGCUGCACCUACAACCCGGGCAGAAACAUUUAUGAGGGGAUUACACACAGAGUCCCUGGACAACCACCUUAAUUACAUUUCUCAUCUGGCACAAAAAAAAAAUAAAAAAAUCACUACCAGCAUUCUAGAAAUCAGUGCCUCAUCCCAAGCUAAGCUCAGCCCAAUUUACGACAGCUUUAUAUUAGAUUCAUUUAGUGCUGCAACUAUUUCAGAAAACCACUUGGAACAACACUGUUUCCUGUUGGUGGGACGCAUUCAAGUAGAUACAUAUGACUCAAAGUGUCCAGAACAUCUGCUUUUCGAGGGAUUUUGGAGGAAAUCUGAUUUUCUUGGACCCUUGUAAUAUUUAUGAAUUCCUGGGAAAUCCUUUUCCUUCGUGUGUAGCUUUAUACUCAGUAAAACAGAAUCAGCACAAAAGCUUCUGUCAGGAAUAUAUUAAUUGGAAGGUUGUCA